UGCUCGCUUUCCCAUAUCUUGGCUGGGAGGCUCUCGGCAGCGGUCGGGUGACGACUGCAUGCUAUCCUUCGGCGGACACCGAGGAGUAACGGUAGCGGCCAUACGGGGAAACGCUCGCCUGGUAAGGACUUAUGUUCUACGUCUAAAAUUCGACGACGUAUCGCAGAACCAUGGGCGUGGAAGUCGAGACAAUAUCUCCCGGUGAUGGAAGCACAUUUCCAAAGAAGGGUCAGACGUGUGUGGUUCAUUACAUAGGUAUGCUGCAGAACGGCAAAAAGUUUGACUCAUCCCGAGACAGAAACAAGCCCUUCAAAUUCAAGAUCGGACGCAACGAGGUGAUCAAAGGCUGGGAAGAAGGCGUGGCUCAGAUGAGCCUGGGCCAGAGAGUGAAGCUCACCUGCACACCGGAUGUCGCCUACGGCCUCACGGGCCAUCCCGGCGUCAUCCCUCCCAAUGCCACACUCGUUUUUGAUGUUGAACUCCUCAAACUGGAGUGAAACAUUUUUAUAGGGACCUGCUCGAUGCGCUGACUCCCCUCCCACCGCCAUCCCUCUCUUGUUCCAUUUACUCUUCAAAUGCAUCUUAACUCAUACUAUUUUGCAAUCGAAACACUCACUGCCUUACAGUAUUAGCAACUGAGUAUAAGCACAUGACAAAACUCCCUGCAUCUUGACCGAUUAUUUUCUACAUAAACAUAAUGCGUACACAAACUACUGACCUGACUGCAUUGGCACUUUAAUCAGGGUUUGUCCUACUGAAUGCUCAUGAAAAUGUUGCCGAGUUAGCUAUGUAUUUGUAACUACCCCCCUCCAAAUAAAAAGCAUUUACUGCACGUGCGUUUUCUCUUGUCGACCUGGUCUCAUGGCGUACAGAACCGUUGCUGCUUACCAUUUUGUUGACCAACUCUGUUCUGGAAUAAAAAUGGCAUGUUAACGACAA